AUGAUAAAAGUACUUCUUGCAGUGCUUUUUAUAUUAAUUAAAUUGGAAAAUAUUGUAGGUGAGGAUGAGAAAAGUGUAAAAAAUAUAUGUGUAUGUGAUUUUACGGAUAAGUUAAAUUUCUUACCUCUUGAGAAAACAAAAAUAUUAUGUGAAUUAAAACCACAACAUGGUGAAGAUAUAAAAAUAAUAGCUAAUAAAGAAUAUGAAAUAAAUUGUAUGAAUAAUUCUAAAGUUUUUUGUCCAUUAAAAGAUACUUUUAUUAAUAAUACAAAUAUAAAAUUAUAUUCUCCAAAAUUACAUUUUGAAAUUAAAGAUAUUACACAUAAAGGGAAAAAUGCAGCAUUAUAUUAUUUAAAAAUUGAUGAGGAAGCAUCUGAUAUAUUUUUUUCUUGUUCAAUAAAACCAAAACAAGUAUCUGGUUUAUUAGAAGGAGAAGUACGUGUAAAUUUAAAAAAGCAUAUAAAUGAGGAAUAUUCUAUAUUUAAUGAAGAAGAAGAUGUACAUGUUUGUGAUUUUUCAAAAGGUAAUUUGGAUAUAACCCCUUCAGCUGGAUUUUAUGUUAAAAAUUCAAGAAAUGUAAGUUGUAUUUAUAGGGUUAUCCCAAAUAAAUUAUUUUUAAUAAAAUUACCUAAACUUGAUAUAGUUACAGAAAAAUUAUUACCUAGUAUAGUCAAUUGUUUAUCCGAAUUUUCAUUUAUAAAUUUUACUUUAAAACAUGUACAAGAAGGAGAUAAUUAUAUAUCAUUUAAUGUUAUUUUUGGAGAAUUUAAAAAACAUUUUAAUUUAACAUGUUCCUUAGAUUUAUCUGAUUUUAAGCAAGAACCUUGUAAUGUUGGAAAGACAGCAAACAUAACAUUUAUAUUUUCUAAAUGA